AUGCCAUCAUCUGCAGUUAACUCGGGUCAUCCGAGUAGCAGCAGUUACGGCGACAUCCACGUUGACGACAAGGUGUCGGUGGUAGAUAAGACUUCGUGGCGAAGUAGGUUUACAUGGCGUAAGAUGCUUGUUCCCACUCUUAUCGUCCUCCUUGUUACUUUUGGGACUUUCAACAUUGUUUCGGGGAAGAUUCGAUCACAGCCGUUGGGAGAAGCAGCAGGUUAUGUUACCUGUAUUAUAAGUCAAUAUGUAUAUUUCACCACAUACUGGUCUCUUUUGAUCAUUCUGUCUGUGCUGAGUAAGCUCACACAUAAGGACAUUAUGACCAAGGAAGAGUUCCUAUGGGUAUGGGCCCCAAGAAAGGAAGCUGACGAGUCUAAGAAGGGUUUCCUCCGGUUGUGGAGUAGAUUACCUGGCAUCAAAUAUACCUUCUUCUCAUCUAUGGGUGAUGUACUCGGAGAUAAUCUUAUGUAUCUUACUCAGCCCUUCUUAUCGAUUAUCCUCUUCAACCUUCUCCAACAAGCAAUGGUGCCCUAUACUUUAAUGUGGUCCUGCAUUCUACUUGGAAGACGGUAUAUUUCUGAAGAGUUAUUGGGAGUGUGUAUGGUUGUUGCAAUGACACUCCUCUCAGCUGUGGUCUCGACUGGGUCAGGUGGAUCGAACAGUGUGGGUAUGACUAUUGUCUGCCUUCUGUCAACCUUAUUCCAGGCUCUAGCACAAGUUAUAAGAGAGGCCAUGUUCCUCGAUUAUGCACGAUAUGCUGAGAAGCACGACUUCAAAAACAAGAAACUCAAUGUCUUCGCCGUGGGUAGUUCUAACAAUACGUUUGGUAUCAUUUGGGUAUUCCCGAUUUCCAUCUUGGUAGAAUCAUUCAGGACGUCUGACAAUGUGCUAGAUGCUAUGGGUGAGGGCUUCCAAACGCUCCUACAUGCAAAAGGCGCCUUACCCGCCUUCGUGGUGUUCAUGAUCAUCAACGUGUGCUUUAACAUCACUGUCUUCCUCCUUAUCAGCUACGGUUCAAGUUUGCUCACUUUCGUUUGCUUCAAACUCUCAGUGCCUCUGUCCGCAUUUCUGUCGCUUGUCAGUUGGCCUCUUAUUGGUGCUGAUACUAUCAGUUGGAUUGAGUGGGUGUGUCUGGCGGUCAUCCUCGCUGGUGUGCUCAUUUUUCGGCAUGGUAAUGGCAUCCGAUUUAAACUUGAGGCUGAGAAUGAGCGGUUGGACGAGACUCAUAAUAAGAAGAUACCAAAGGCUAUCAUCUGCUUUUGGCCUUUUUUCCGUCAUCGGAAGCCUGUUAGAGAGGGUGAAGACCCUAACAAGGGCGUUGUGAUCAACACCACCUGUUGUGGACCGCAUGGUGUACCUCAUGAGAACCGUACUAGGACUGUCGACGUGGAGUCGGUGUUGUCAGAUAUAGAGUCUGAUGGUAAGGCUACUGAAAUACCUCUGAAGUGA